AUGGCUGAUUCUGUCAAUACUUAUUAUGAAUUGGCUUAUUAUUAUGCUUGUAUAUAUCUCGGGAGAAAAGAUUUUAAAAAAGUUGAUCAACGCAAGAAGUAUAAUAUAUGUCGGAAAUAUUUAACUGAUGAUGAUUAUAGUGAAGAAGAAAUUGAAAAAGAAUUAGGCACAAUUAAUACACAAUUAGCAUAUUUGUAUCAACUUCAAGGCCGGAUAACUGAAGUAAUUGACCUUUAUCAAAGCGAUACUGAACUGUUUGAUUCUGCUCGUAAAUUGAAAGUAGCAAGCGCAAAUAC